AUUCAUCGUUCAGUCCAGUCUCACACUGGCUGAUGGACAUAUGUAUGUGGGAUGGAACGAUGGAUGGAUGGAUGGAUGGGGUAUAGUCGCAUUCUCACUCCCCCCAUAAGCAAGCAAGCUAGAAUGCACACACGAGUACUCACUGUGCAGACCUAAGAGAGAGAGAGGAGGGAGAAAGAGCGACCGAUCUAUCCAUCGCCCGCUCGCUCCCUCAUGAGAAAAGAACAGCAAACUCCUGCAGGCAGGCACCAGCAGCACAACACAGCAGAGCAGAGCAUAGAGACGACACGGUGUGCGUGUCGUGGCGGUAGGAGGAUGGAUGGUGUGUGCGAACAAGAUGUGAUGUGUGUGCGUACGCUGUAGUCGACUUUCCCGUCCUGGUUUGUGUCAAGCUCUUUGACCAGCUUGGCGAUGUCUAUCGUCAUGGCGAAGUCGUCCUUCACUAUCUUGAUCAACUUGUCUGCACAACACGCACGAGAUAUAUACACACACACACACACACGGGAAGUUGACAAACAAAGCGUGAUCUGUCUGUCUGCCCUCGGCUCACCGACAUCGAGGAGGCCCGACUUGUCGGCCUCGCCGCCCAACGCUACCCACGCAUCCACUGACACACACGCGUACACACACACACACACACAGCCACGACUUAAAGCACAAGCGUCUCACACCGGCCUCCUCCGUGUCCUUCUUGUUGCGUGCGCACAGCACCAGUGUCCUGUUCGUCCUCGACGUUGCUGGUGGUGGAGCGUUGCUUCUCAAAGGCCUUGAGAAACUCCUCAAACUCUGCAGAUAGGCACACAGAUCUCCCCUCCCUCCCCACCCCACACGCACCCACCUAUGUACCUAUUUGCCCCGUGCCGUCUUCAUCGAUGUCGUUCAUGAACCGAAACAGCUCCUCCUCGGUCGGGUUCUCGCCUAUCGCUGCAGUGCACACACAACACAUCCCCCAUCCAGUCCAUCCUUUGCCCCUCCGGGCCCCACUCCCAGUCCGACUGACCUUCGAGCAGGAGCUUCAUCUCGUCCCUGUCGAUGGUGCCCGACCCGUCCGCAUCGAACGUCGCAAACGCCUGACGACACUUCUCGAUGAACACCUCGUCGAGCACCAUUGCUGUUCCGAGCGUCGAGUUGCGGUGGGCGCGGUGUGUUCGCGGUGAGGGGCGGCUAGAGAGGCUAGGGAAAGGGCACUGACUGAUGUCCUUGGUUUGAUUGCAGUCACUCGAAGCGGAAAGGCACAAUAGCACGGGACCCGUCCA